AUGUCGUCCCGCAAAAGACUAAUUGAAGGCGACGGACCGACUGACCUCAAGUUGAGCAAAACGGGAGGCGAAAAGAAACAUAUAGCCGCACUCGUCCUGGCAAGGGGCGGGAGCAAAGGCAUCCCCCUGAAAAACAUCAAGAUGUUGGCCGGGGUACCGCUGAUCGGAUGGGUCAUCAGAGCCGCGGUGGACUCCGACAUGUUCGAUAGUGUGUGGGUGUCAACCGAUCACGACGAAAUCGAGCGUGUGGCCCUGGCCUGGGGCGCCCAGGUACACCGCCGGAGUCCCCAAGUCUCCCGAGACGCUUCGUCAUCGCUGGAGACCAUCCAGGAGUUCCUGCGACUCAAUCCGGAGGUGGACAUCCUGUGCCACAUCCAGGCCACGUCACCCUGUCUCCACCCGUUCCACAUCAAGGAGGCCUUGGAGUUGAUCACCUUGCACGGCUUCGACUCGGUUUUCUCCGUGGUCCGGCGGCACCACUUUCGCUGGCAGGAGGUUAAGAAAGGAUCCGGCGAAUUGACCAAAGCUCUGAACUUGGACACGGCCAACCGCCCUCGGCGUCAGGACUGGGACGGCGAGCUGUGUGAGAAUGGAUCCUUCUAUUUCAGCACUAAGGAGCUCAUCAGCAAGCAAGGACUCAUGCAGGGUGGGAAGGUGUCCUACUACGAGAUGCUUCCCGAGUACAGCGUGGACAUUGACGUGGACAUUGACUGGCCUGUCGCAGAGCAGAGAAUCCUCAGGUACGGCUACUUUGGUCGGGUGACCCCGGAGGUGGUCCGCUUGAUGUUCUGCAAGGUGUUGGGAUGUUUAACGGAUGGAAAGAUCUACCUGUCUGCGGCCGGAGAGGAAAUGAUGUCCAUCAGCAUCCAAGACAUCGGCGCCAUUCGCAUGCUGCAGAAAGAUGACGUAGAGGUGAUGCUGUUGACCACUGCCGAGGACCCAGUAGGAGACACGUUGGCCGACAGACUGGCCAAGCGGACGGGCUGCCAGGUUAUGCGGGUGGGAGCUAAGCCGGCUGACGAAUUGGAGUCUGUGUUGAGAACCAGGAAGUUGGUUUGGAAGGACGUGGCAUAUUUGGGAAACGACGUGCCCGAUGUGGACUGCCUAAACCUAGCCGGCUUGAGCGCCGUACCCGCCGACGCGCCGGUGGUGGCCGUCAACGCGUGCAAGUACACCUGCCACCGCGCGGGCGGAAACAACGUCGUCCGCGAGUUCGCCGAGCACAUUCUGUUGCAGAAGGCGAAGGCCAAGUCUCAAAUGAGACAGGACCGCAUCAAUUGA